AUGAGUCACAAUUGGACACAGCAAUCGGCUACGCCUGGAAGCGUCAAGCCGGUUUACGGAGCGCAGUAUCCUCCACUGACGCAGCAGAACGAACUCUGGAAUGGUGCAGGACGACUGGAGGAUGCGCACGAGCAGCAGCAGCAGCAGCAGCAACAGCAGCAGCAGCUGCAGCAGCACUCAAAUCCUGGAACCAAAUUUAAAAAUUAUGUGGAAAGCGUUUCGGAUGCAUGGGAGGUAUCGGUAACGCUGGAUGAGCGGGCUGCGUCAACGAGUGCUGCGAAAGUCCUGGAGCGACAUGCUGCUUCGGUUGCGCAAGAUUUGAUUAUGCCGCCGGUCAAUCCAAUUCCGUCCAGGAAUGGCAAAGUGCAGGCUAUGCAGCGUUUAGCAAUCCAAAAAGGUGACGUUAAUUAG